UUCACUUAAUCUGUAAUGAAGCUUUCUCUGGUACCAAAGUUGAACGUGUUUUCACCUCCACACUCGUUAACACUGAGCACCUCUGGCUCCCCCACGUGGUGCGGGUCAAUAAUUACACCCUGUACCGUCGCAGCAAUAACACGCGGGGUCCAGCAUCAUCAACACCAGACGCACAACCACAAGACACCAACAGCAAUAAUGCUUUUCUACUCGUUUUUCAAGUCGCUGGUGGGAAAGGAUGUGGUGGUGGAGCUCAAAAACGACUUGAGCAUCUGCGGAACACUUCAUUCUGUUGACCAGUACCUGAACAUUAAGCUCACAGACAUCAGCGUCACUGAUCCAGAGAAAUAUCCCCACAUGCUGUCUGUGAAAAACUGUUUCAUCCGUGGAUCUGUGGUCCGGUACGUUCAGCUGCCCGCAGAUGAAGUGGACACUCAGCUCCUGCAAGACGCAGCGCGAAAAGAAGCAAUGCAGCAGAAGCAGUGAUUGACCUGAAGGAUGGGGGUAGAGUCUGGGUGGGUAGUGGGUGGUGUGGGGUGGGGUUUUUGAGACGCUGAAUAAUGAGCAGUUUUGAGUUCAGUCGGUUUAAAGAUGAUCCUGUUUGUGCAGCUCUUGUAAUUAAAGCAGUAUUGGUAAUGUUCCUGUACUUUCAAAGAGAACUUACUCGCAUUCCUGACGCUAGUGAUUAAUAAUUUGCGAAAUGGUCUUCACCUCACAAGCUGGAUACGAGGCUUCAUUUGAUUCUGUCUUUUGUUUUGUUUAAAAAAACUAAAUUCAAUUUUGAGCCCAGUAGAGGUAAAGAUCUGUUGUAGUGUUUCUGUUGCAUAAUACAAGCACGGUUGCUUACCUUUUUAUAAAAAUAAAAAUAAAUUGUUUCUUUUUUAUGCCACUCCAAAAUAAACAAGCUAUUUUAUUUACGUUUUGAUACUGCUCUUGUCAUUUAUGUGACAUGUAUAAAGUGUUUACAAAAUAUAUUAGUUUGGGCCUUUAAAAUGAUUUGAGAAACUGAAAAAAACUUUAUUGCCUUGAGCUGUGAUCAUGGAAGGAAGUUAUUUUGUAAAUGACUGCAUUUAUGGGAAUUAAAAAUAAAAAUCUCAUGGCCUCAUUGUGCUAGUUUUCCAAA